AAUUAUAGAAAGUACUACUUAAAAAAGUUACCUUACUAUAUAUAGCACCAAUAAAGCAUAACUAUUAUGUCCAGAUUUAUUAGAGUAUGUAUAACUAAGUAUCAUAAUUUGAGGUGUAAUGAUGUCUUGGACGUUGUACUGGUCUGAGUAUUAGCUUUGCCUCCUUCUUUACAGGAUUACUAACAUACACAUUUACUUAUAGAUCAAUAAUAGAGAUUCUUCAAAGGACAUGGAUAGUACGGAUUUGGAUGAGUUGGAUGAGUUAAGUUCAGUACUGCCUAAACCAGAAAGUCGUCGAUUACUUGAUUCAUUUAAUUCCCCUGGAAGUGACGAUGAAGAAGGUACAUCACUUCAAGAUUUAGAAGUUCAUAAUAAAUCUGAUAAAUCCAACUUUUAUGAUCAUAUUGAAGAUGAUACUAGAUUAGAAAGUACAUCUUCUACUACUCUAGGUUCAUCAUCACAAGAACCAACCUCUGCAACUUAUCCUAAUAUUAUGACAGGAGGAACAGAUGAUGAUACAUCUGAACCUAUAAGUUCUUCUGCUUCCGUAAAUCAAACAGAUACAACUGAAGAUUUAGAACGACAAACCACAAGAAUUAAAUUAACUACUAGACAACGAAUUAUGAAUAUUGUUCAUCAUUUAGUACCUAUUAAACAAACAUAUGAAAGAAUAAAUAAUGGAUUAACAACUGGUAGAAUGCAAACUAAUACUCCAGGAAGAUUUAUAGGUCAAGGUACAGAUGGAGUAUUUCGUAAUUUAAUGGCUAAACCUGAUACAGAAUCCACUAGACAAGAACAAGAAAUUCAUCCUCCAUCAUAUGAAGAAGCAGCAGCAGAUGCAACUCCAGAAUAUUGGGAAUCUGCUGUAAUAGCUCCAAUGUAUGAAGAUGAAGUAUUUGUUGAAGGUUUACCAGUAGGAAAUAUGGCAAAUUUUGUAUGGAAUGGACUUGUAACAGUAGCUUUCCAAUUUGUGGGAUUUGUUCUUUGUUAUCUUUUACAUACAUCUCAUGCUGCCAAACAAGGUUCUAGAGCUGGUCUUGGAAUAACUUUUAUACUAUAUGGUUAUCAAAUGAUUCCAUCUAAUUUUGGACAUUCAGAUAGAGUACCAGAUCGGUAUGAACCUAAUGAUCCUAAUCUGUAUGAUAUAGAUAAAAUGCUGAAAACAUCUAGUGAAAAUCUUGAUACUUAUAAUUCUCAUUUAUUUCAACAACAUGCUACUGAUCCAUCAUCACCUAUACCUUCACCUACAAGUACUCCAUAUUUUGCGUAUGGAAUUAUUGCCUUUGGAGUAUUUAUAAUAUUAAAAUCUAUUGUGGAUUAUUAUAAAGUUAAACAAAUUGAAAGAGCAAUUUUAUCACCUCCAUCAAAUAAUCCUGUAACAGUUAAUACUACAACUGAUAAUGUAGAGACUUAUGAAGAACCCGAUACUGGACAUGCAUGAAGAAAAUUUUAUUUA